UAAGAGAAGAGGAGAAGAGAUAUUACCUAUUUUGACUCUGAAAAUAUGCUUUUUUAAUGGAUGUCUGGCAUGCAUGCUCCCUUUCUUAAAUCUGAAAUUUCUUUCUGACAUCAGAAGGAGUUAGCUGGGACUGGGACUUAGAGAUACAAGGCUGCAAGCAUAACACACAGAGCACAAUUUAAACACAAAUCAGGAGUCGUGAUGGCUACGUGUCAUCAUGAAAAUGACUACCAUGUAUUACGACCUAUUUACUCAAACUGCGUCUUUGACGAAGUCAAUGAGAGACAAGCCCUAGAGGCCAGAAGUUUACAAGAACAGCUGAGCAGAACCUGUAGAUGCACUGAUAAGUGGGCCAUUCAAAAAAUGAAGGGGCUUCUCCCAAUCCUGGAUUGGUUUCCUAAAUAUCAAGUCAAGCAGUGGUUACUUAGUGAUAUCGUCUCUGGUGUCACCACAGGACUAGUAUGCUGUUUACAAGGUGUGGCCUAUGCAUUGCUGGUUUCUGUGGCACCAGUCUAUGGACUUUAUUCAGCAUUCUUUCCUAUCCUCACUUACUUUGUCCUGGGCACCUCCAGACACAUCUCUGUGGGUCCAUUCCCAGUCACAUGUCUGAUGGUGGGCUCUGUCGUUUUGACCUUUGCCCCUGAUGAGCACUUUCUGCGUCCAGUGAACAUGACAGGUGUGAAUGAAACAAUAACAGAAGAAACAUUAAUGGAGGUGGAUGUAGAGUCCCGAGAGGCCCAGAGAAUCAUGGUAGCUUGCACGAUGACAGUGUUGGUUGGAUUAUUCCAGGUGGCCAUGGGGCUGAUGCAGGUGGGCUUUCUAGUCCGAUAUCUGUCAGACCCCCUAGUAGGGGGCUUCACAACGGCUGCUGCCUUCCAUGUGUUCAUAUCCCAGAUUAAAACCGUCCUAUCCGUUCCAACCAACAACCACAAUGGAUUCUUCUCUUUUGCUUAUACUCUUAGUGAUGUAGGUAGGAACAUCAACCAAACAAACGUUGCAGAUCUAGUUGCUGGGUUACUGACAAUCUUCAUAGUUAUGGCUGUGAAAGAGAUCAACACAAAAUUUCAGCACAGGAUCCCAGUGCCCAUUCCAAUAGAAGUGAUUGUGACACUGAUAGCUUCAGCAAUCUCUCAUGUGAUGGACCUGAACUCCCAGUAUGGCGCCAACAUUGUGCACAGCCUUCCAAGGGGGUUUGCUCCGGCCCAGUCACCCGAUAUAGCACUUAUUGGAAAUAUUCUGGGUUCCAGUUUUUCGACAGCAGUGGUUGGUUAUGCAGUAGCAGUCUCAGUUGCCAAAGUCUAUGCAGCAAAACAUGACUACACAGUUGAUGGCAACCAGGAGCUGAUAGCUUUUGGUGUCAGCAACAUCUUCGGUGGAUGUUUCUCAAGCUUUGUGGCCAGCACUGCAUUGUCACGGACAGCAAUACAGGAGAGCACAGGGGGGAAGAGUCAGGUUGCUGGUAUAAUCUCAGCUGUGAUGGUGAUGAUUGUAAUCUUGGCCCUAGGGCCAUUUCUCCAGCCUCUACAGAAGUCAGUGCUGGCUGGCAUUGUUAUAGCCAAUCUGAAAGGCAUGUUCAUGCAGAUCUCUGAUGUGCUCGUACUCUGGAGACAGAACAGGACAGACUGUCUCAUCUGGAUAGCUACAUGCCUGGCAUCCAUCAUCCUUGGUUUAGAUGUGGGCCUGCUGGCUGGUCUGGUAUUUGAGAUGGGCACAGUGGUGGUCCGAACACAAUUCCCUUCCUGUUCAACCCUUGGAAAUGUCCAAGACACUAAUAUCUACAAAAACAUGAAAGAUUACAAAAAUAUUGCAGAAAUUCCUGGGAUAAAGAUUUUCAAAUGCAACUCACCCAUUUACUUCGCAAACAUUGACUACUUCAAAGAGAAGUUAAGAGAUGAGGUGGGUUUUGAUGCAGUACGGGUAUUCAAGAAAAGAAAUAAGGCCUUAAAGAAGAUUCACAAACUCAUUAAAAAGGGGAAAUUAAAGGUUUCAGAGGAUAGUUUAGUACCAGUGGCCUCAAUGGGUUUAGAUAACAAAGCCUUUGAGACUGAACAGAGUCCUGAGCUGGUGAAUGGGCCGGCUCAGCCAGACCCAGAGGUGAAGGUGCAGGUGGACUGGACAUCUGAGCUGCCUGUCAGUGUUUCAGUACCCAAAGUCCAUAUCCACAGCCUGGUGGUGGAUUUCUCCGCUGUCUCAUUCCUAGAUGUGGUAGCAGCCAAGUCUCUCAAACUGGUUGUAAAGGAAUUCCUACGAAUUGGAGUCAGUGUCUAUAUUGCAGGAUGUGAUGGUGAACUUGUCAGGAGAAUGGAGGCGCUGUCUUUCUUUGACGAAGAGGUUACAAGAGACAUACUCUUCCUUACUGUCCAUGACGCCAUUCUCUUCAUCCAACUGGAAACCAUCAGUAGAACUGCACAGGAUCCAUUAGCUGACAAGAUUUCUCAGUUGCAGGAUGACAAAGAAACGCUUCCUUUUACUGACAAUGAGGACCUGAUUGAGACCUAUGACAACCAGCACUUGGCUAUUCAUGGACUUUCAAACUGAGGAUAAACUUGAAUUCCUCUCUUUGGUUGGCUGGACUCACUGGGACAGAGAGACAGAGUCUUCCUCUUCAUCUGCUGAUUAUGAGUCAGGA